GUGUCCACGGUCGACCGGUUGAGUCUAUCACUUUUUAGGUCGCCUGAUCGUCGGCGCAGAGAUUUCUGGAGCUACCGAAUGGGGUCGCGAAACGGCGGUUCUGCCCCUGAUUGCGGCCUGUGUUUGGCCCCUUCCGAGCCCGCGGUGGGCCCUGUCUCGAUAAUGCAUAGGUAUUUGUUUCCCUCCCGUAUAAUAACCAGCUCGCCUCCUCUGCUCGUUCCCUCGAAUUGAACCUCCAACUUUCUGCAUUCUAUUGUUUCCCUUUCUCUUUUCCCCAUACAAUUCGCACCAUCAUGGCCUUUGACUGCUACUGUGCCAUAUGCGGUGUCGGGUUCUGUGGCAUGCACAUUGAACCUCCCUCGGAGACAGCGCUGGAACGCCGCCGCCGUUGGAUCGAGAAGCGCUGUCGGGCGCUCCAAGCUGGCAAAGACCUCGCCCAGCUUCCCCGUGAUAGCGAUGAAGACGAGAACCCGGUCCGCAGCUAUGACCCUCGCAUUGUCGGUUGGGAAAACAUUUCCUGGCUCUACAAAGCACACUGUCUCGGCAUGAACCAGAACGCUGCUGCAGGCUCAGCAAAGGCGUUCAUCUCGGAGGAAGGCUACUACGCGGAUAUCGGAGAGCUAAUCGUUAAGACUGGUUCGAACUCAAGAUCCUCCACACAAAAAGUCUACUCGUGCUAUGGCCAGGGCUCCGACGAGGCACCGGGCCCAGUUCUCCCGUUCCACUGGUGUUGCUUCGAGAUCCUCACCCACACGCUUACCGGCUCCACGGAUACCAAGAAACUGAACCUGGACGUUCUCUACAACAUCAUGAGCCCUCUCUGCAACAUGAAGAGUUCCGCGUUAGAUCUAAGCUAUGGUGACGAUGUUCAGCGCGCCCAGGGGCGUUAUUGGGAAUGUAUCCCAGGCGCAGAGUAUUGCGCAACUCACCCGACAGACACCCCCGAACUCAACACAUACAUUCAAAAGAACAUGGAGUCCAACAGCAAGCUGAAAAUUGCUUCUGCCGAAGUCGACCUUCGAGAGCGACGUCCCGCAAGCCCGUUCGGCAAGCUCCCCCUUGAGCUUGUAUACCAGAUCUGCAUGUUUCUACCUGGCGACGACCUGAAAUCCCUUGCCCAGGCCUCUCUAAGCGUCCACCUCAUUACUCAAGACAACCUCUUCUGGAAACAGUUCAUGCAAUGGGAUAUGCCUUGGUUCUGGGAGCUGCAGGCCAGCAAGGGGCAGAAAUUGUCUGAGGAUGUCAACUACAAGCAGCUUUACCUUUGGUUGGACAAGAUGACCGCUGCACGAUACGGAAUGGAUGAUGCGAACCUCAUUGGGGUCGCAAAUCGUCGACGCAUCUGGGGUGUGUGCGAGGAGCUUGCAGAUCGGUACCACAAGGGCUUAGCUCAAGCUCCUUCCGUUCCCAUCGCAUGCGCCAGCGGCUGAGAAAUGCCUACACUCCGCACAAGCUGUUCAGUACAA